AGCACACGGGACGUCAGGUCUGCUCCAGUAACGUCCUCCUCCUGCCAUCCGCCGGUCCCAUGGAGAUAAUAUUUGGCAGGAAUAAGAAAGAGCAGCUGGAGCCAGUGUCGGCCAGAGUGACAGGCAAGAUUCCAGCAUGGCUGCAGGGGACCCUGCUUCGAAAUGGGCCUGGGAUGCACACGGUGGGGGAGACCAGGUACAACCACUGGUUUGAUGGCCUGGCCCUUCUCCACAGUUUUUCCAUCAGAGAUGGUGAGAACCCAGCGCGAGUUUUCUGUUGCCAUGGGGAGGUCUUCUACCGGAGCAAAUACUUGCAGAGUGAUACUUACAGCGCCAACAUCGAAGCCAACAAAAUCGUGGUGUCUGAGUUUGGAACAAUGGCCUACCCAGACCCCUGCAAAAACAUCUUUUCCAAAGCUUUCUCCUACCUGUCCCACACCAUCCCCGAUUUCACAGACAACUGCCUGAUCAACAUCAUGAAGUGCGGAGAUGACUUCUAUGCGACCACAGAGACCAACUACAUCAGGAAGAUCAACCCCCAGACUCUAGAGACCCUGGAGAAGGUUGAUUACCGGAAGUAUGUGGCUGUAAACCUGGCGACCGCCCACCCGCAUUAUGAUGCAGCUGGAAAUGUCCUUAACAUGGGCACGUCCAUCGUGGACAACGGGAGGACAAAAUAUGUGAUGUUUAAGAUCCCUGCCACAGCACCAGGCACCAAGAAGAAAGGGACGAGCCCCUUGAAGCACACGGAAGUGUUCUGCUCCAUCCCCUCCCGCUCACUCCUGUCCCCCAGCUACUACCACAGCUUCGGAGUCACAGAGAACUAUGUGAUCUUUCUGGAGCAGCCUUUCAAGUUGGAUAUCCUCAAAAUGGCCACCGCAUACAUGCGGGGAGUGAGCUGGGCUUCCUGCAUGUCGUUCCACAGGGAGGACAAGACUUACAUUCAUAUCGUCGACCAGAGGACCAGGAAGCCUGUGCCAACCAAGUUCUACACAGACCCCAUGGUGGUCUUCCACCAUGUCAACGCCUAUGAGGAGGAUGGCUGUGUUGUGUUUGAUGUCAUCGCCUAUGAGGACAGCAGCCUCUAUCAGCUCUUCUACCUGGCCAACCUGAACCAGAACUUCGAGGAGAAUUCCAGGAUGAUGUCAGUGCCCACCCUCAAGAGGUUUGCUGUACCGCUCCAUGUGGACAAGAAUGCAGAAGCAGGCUCAAAUUUAAUCAAGGUGACAUCCACAAGAGCAACAGCCUUGAAGGAGAAAGAAGGCCAUGUCUACUGCCAGCCGGAAGUUCUCUAUGAAGGCCUAGAGCUCCCUCGGAUAAAUUAUGCUCACAACGAGAAGCCCUAUCGCUAUAUCUUUGCUGCUGAAGUUCAGUGGAGUCCCAUCCCGACCAAGAUAAUAAAAUACGAUGUUCUCACAAAGUCCUCCUUAAAGUGGGGUGAGGAGUGCUGCUGGCCGGCGGAACCCGUGUUUGUACCCACGCCGGGAGCCAAGGAUGAGGAUGAUGGAGUGAUCUUAUCGGCCAUUGUCUCUACCGAUCCCCAAAAGCUGCCUUUUUUACUUAUUCUGGAUGCCAAAACUUUUACGGAAUUGGCUCGUGCCUCUGUGGAUGCGGACAUGCACCUGGACCUUCACGGCUUGUUUAUCCCGGAUGUAGACCAGAGUGCAGAGAAGCAGACCCCUGCCGUGGUGCAGGAGGAUGAAAAUUCAGAUGCCCCUAUCACCCAACAGGCCUGACCGUGUCCGGAUUGGGCCACAGCAAGAAUGACUUCUCUGGUGGGACCUGGGGACAGUAAGGGUGAUUGCCGACACUGUCAGCUUGACAGCAUCUAGGAUUACUUAGGAACAAACUUAUAGGCCUGGCUGUGAGAGAGUUUCUAUACUGAGUUAACUGGGCAAGGAAGAUCCUUGAAUGUGGGCCGCACCAUCCCAUGAAUUGAAGUCCGGACUGAAUAGAAAGGAAAGAGCCAGCCAACCAUCAGCAUUCAUCUGCUUCCUGACUGUGGAUGCAACGCCACCAGCUGCCCCACACUCCUGACAUCUUGCCUUCCUCCGCAUGAUAGACCGUACCUGGACCUGAGGGCCAAAAUAAACCCGCCCUUCCUUGA